AAUAAAAGAAAUUCGGGACAAUAGCAGACAAAAGGUUUUCCGUGCAGGAAGGAGGCAGGACGGCUCUUCACUGUCAGGACGCGGUGGAGAUUUGUUCUGGGGAGAAAAGCUGCAGCUCCGUCUCCGCCCGUGCAUGUCCCAUCCGGAGGGCUGUAAACCCGGAGCGGAGGGUCGCACCGACCAUCACUGAGCCCUCAGAGCCGCCUGGCAGCUGCCCGCCGCCGGCAUGACCCUCACACGGAGCUCCGUCCUCCUCCGCGCUGCCUUCAGCCUGCAGCUUCUCCUGCUCUCUGCCCGCAUCCAGGUGUCUUCGGCUUCGGGACACUUUGAGCUUCAGAUUUUGUCGAUGCAGAAUGUGAACGGGCAUCUGCAGACCGGCGCCUGCUGCGACGGACCCCAGGACGCGACGCAUCAGCGGUGCACGGCGGACGAGUGCGACACCUACUUCCGGGUGUGCCUGAAGGAGUACCAGCUGAAGGUGUCCUCGGCCGGGCCCUGCAGCUUCGGCACCGCCUCCACGCCCGUGCUCGGUGGGAAUAGCUUUUCUGUACGCAGCAGCAAGAGCGACAACGCCAGGAUCCUGCUGCCGUUCAGCUUCGCGUGGCCGAGGUCGUACACGCUGAUCGUGGAAGCCUUGGACUUCAACAACGACUCGUCCUCGAGCAGCAUCGGCGGGGCGGUGAUCGAGAAGGCCGUCCACUCGGGGAUGAUCAACCCCAGCCGGCAGUGGCAGAGCCUGAAGCACAACGGCCCUGUGGCUCAGUUCCACUUCCAGGUCCGCCUCAGCUGCGACGAGCACUACUACGGCUUCGGCUGCAACAAGUUCUGCCGACCGCGAGACGACUUCUUCGGCCACUACGAGUGCGACCACAACGGCAACAAGACGUGCCUGGAGGGCUGGUCAGGUCCAGACUGCAACACCGCGAUCUGCAGACAGGGCUGCAGCACAGAACACGGAUCCUGUAAAGUCCCCGGGGAGUGCAGGUGUCUGUAUGGCUGGCAGGGAGAGUACUGUGAUCAGUGUAUCCCUCAUCCCGGCUGUGUUCACGGCAGCUGUGUGGAGCCCUGGCAGUGUCUCUGUGACACCAACUAUGGAGGACAGCUGUGUGACAAAGAUCUGAACACGUGCGGGACGCGGCAGCCAUGUUUGAAUGGAGGAACCUGCAGCAACACGGGACCAGACAAAUACCACUGCUCCUGUCCUGACGGCUUCUCUGGAGUCAACUGUCAGAGAGCGGACCACGCCUGUCUGUCCAACCCCUGUCUGAAUGCAGGCAGCUGUGUGGAAACCAGUCAGGGUUUUGAGUGUCGCUGUGUCCCCGGAUGGACCGGACCCUCCUGCUCCAUCAACGUGGACGAAUGUCUGGUGAACCCCUGCAGCCACGGAGGAACCUGUCAGGACCUGGUUAAUGGUUUCAGGUGCAUCUGUCCUCCUCAGUGGACCGGAAAGACCUGCCUCAUCGAUGCCAACGAGUGCGACGACAACCCCUGUGUCAACGCCAACUCCUGCAGAAAUCUGAUUGGAGGAUACUUCUGCGAGUGCCUCCCCGGUUGGACGGGACAGAACUGUGACACCAAUAUCAAUGACUGUCGCGGCCAGUGUCAGAACGGAGCUACCUGCAAGGACCUGGUGAACAGUUAUAAAUGUGUGUGCGCUCCGGGGUUUGGCGGCGAACACUGUGAGAAGGACGUGGACGAGUGCGCCGGCGGGCCGUGCCUCAACGGCGGCCGUUGCCAUGACGAAGUUAACGGCUUCCACUGCCUGUGUCCACCUGGUUUCUCUGGAAGUCGCUGUCAGUUGGAUAUCGAUUACUGCCUCCACGGUCCGUGUCAAAAUGGCGGCCAGUGUUUCAACCUUGCCGCCGACUACGUCUGUAAAUGUCCCGAAGACUACGACGGCAGGAACUGCUCACGGCUGAAGGACCACUGCCGCACCACGCCCUGCAAAGUGAUUGACAGCUGCACGGUGGCGGUGGCGUCCAACAGCACACCGGGUGGGGUGCGUCUGAUUUCGUCCAAUGUGUGCGGUCCUCACGGGCGGUGUCGCAGCCAGGCGGGCGGGCAGUUCAGCUGCGAGUGUGAGGACGGAUUCACCGGGACCUACUGCCACGAGAACAUAAAUGACUGUGAGAGCGCCCCCUGUCUGAACGGUGGAACCUGCAUUGAUAAAGUCAGUCAGUAUGAGUGUAUCUGUGCUGAGGGCUGGGACGGCCCCGCCUGCCAAAACAACAUCGAUGACUGCAGCUCUGCUCCCUGUAAGAACCGAGGCGUCUGCCGAGAUCUGGUCAACGAUUUCUACUGUGAAUGUACCAACGGCUGGAAGGGAAAGACCUGCCACUCACGAGACAGUCAGUGUGACGAGUCCACCUGUAACAAUGGAGGAACCUGCUACGAUGAGGGAGACGCCUUCACGUGUCUGUGCGCCGCCGGCUGGGAGGGAGCCACCUGCAACAUCGCAAAGAACAGCAGCUGUCUGCCGAGUCCCUGCGAGAACGGAGGAACCUGCGUGGUGGACGGAGACUCCUUCAGCUGCGUCUGCAAGGAGGGCUGGGAGGGCGCCACCUGCAGCCACAAUGCCAACGACUGCAGUCCUCAUCCGUGUUAUAACAGCGGGACCUGCGUCGACGGAGAAAACUGGUAUCGAUGUGAAUGUGCUCCGGGGUUCGCCGGCCCAGACUGCAGGAUCAACAUCAACGAGUGCCAGUCGUCGCCCUGCGCCUUCGGCUCGACCUGCGUGGACGAAAUCAACGGUUACCGCUGCAUCUGUCCACCGGGAAGAACGGGCGCCCUCUGCCAAGAAGUGUCGGGGAGGCCCUGUGUGGUCGGAGGGCUGGUGGCUCCGGAUGGAAGCAGGUGGGACGAAGACUGCAACAGCUGCCGGUGUGACAACGGGAGAGUCACCUGCACAAAGCUUUGGUGUGGACCAAAACCCUGCAGCCUCCACAGUAAGACGCACGGCCCAGAGUGUCCGGCCGGUCAGGCCUGCGUCGCUGUGCGGGACGAGCGCUGCUUCGUCAAGCCCUGCACCAGCCAGGGCGAGUGUCGCAGCCCCGCCCACUGGACCCCGCCCAGAGCCAGGUGUCACCCAGAGAGCAGCUGUUCCAACGUCACCUUCACCUUCAACAAGGACGUCAUGGCGAAGGGUGUCACAGUGGAGCAAGUUUGUCGUGAGCUCAGGACCCUCUAUGUGGUCACGAACCUGUCCUCAGAUUCGCCCGUCUCCAUGACCUGUGAGCCGUCGCUCAGCACCAACAACGAGAUCCACGUAGCCAUCUCGACGCAGGACCAGAGGGGGGGUACGACUUUCGUCAAGGACAUCACAGACAGGAUCAUGGAUCUGGUCAGCAAGAGGGGCACCAACAGCACCAUCAUCAGCGCCAUCGCCGAGGUUCGCAUCCAGAGACGACAGAGCCACAAUCCCAGCGACUACCUGGUGCCCCUGCUGGUUUCCGUGGUGAUCGUCGUCUGGGUGUUGGCGGUUGCCUCGAUGUUGCUGUGGUGUUUGAAGAGGCGGAGGAAGCAGAGCACCCACGCGGGGGUCAGCACCCAGGCCUCGUCGUCUCUGGCGCCCGUGGCGGAGGACAACAACGCCCUCCACAACGCCGUCAAUGCUGCCCGCGAGCAGCUCAACCACAUCAAGAACCCCAUCGAGAAAAACCCACCGAUCCACCAACAGCAGCACCACCUCCUCCACCACCACCACCACCUCUACGAGGACAAGAACUCUGUCAACGCCAAGAUCAGGAAAUCGGACUCUAGGAGCCAAUCAGAUGAGGACGAGGUGGACAAGAUGCUGCAGAAGGCGAGGUUCCCCAGGGCCCCGCCAGCGUACUCGCUGGUAGACUGGGAGGAACACCCCUCCCACCACACAACAAGCAAACCCCCACACUGGACUAGCAAACAGGACAACAGGCAGCUGCAGUCGCAGAGCGUGAACAGGAUGGAGUAUGUUGUAUAGCCAACGGGCUCAAAGGGGCUGAAUGGAGCUCAGAAACUUUGACGAGCCACUGGCGACAUUUUUUUUUUUGUACAGAACUGAAUUUCAGUGGAUUGGUGGCUUUGGAUUUUUGCUGUUUAAUUUAUGUUUUGAUUGACACUGGUCUGAACGCUCCGCUGUGGUUGGCUGGAUCUCUUUGUGAACGAUAGAAUUUGGACGUGCAGAAGCAUUCGCGAACGCCGCACGUGCACGGUCGCCUUCGUUUUUUCGUUUGAAUGUGCUGCUGACCCGUUUGCACCACAGCACCUGAUGAAUUUGGAAAAAAAAUAUUUAUUUUGUUCUUUCAGCGUCAGCCGUCGCUGCCGAUAUGAAGAAUCGUCCGUGUAGAAUGUUUCUGUAUAGAUGUGUAAAUAAUUUUUAAUUAAUCAUUGUGUAAAUUUGAUUUAUUAACUUAAUCCUCAAGAGCCUUAAGAUUUGCUUUUUUAAUUUAUGACUUUAGAGUUGAAGGUUUGACAGCUUUGUAAGCUUCCGACUUCUUGAUGGAAAUUGUUUUCGAUAUAUUUUUCGUCAACGCCAAAAGUGUUCUUGAAAGAAUAGUUUAUUUUUAGCCUUUUGGAUUUGGGCAUUUUUGUGCCUCAGUUUAAUGUUUUAUACUUCGUCAGUUGUUUGAUGCCGUUUUGUUGUUGGUGUGUUUUCCAGGGUUCUCGGUUCUACGUUCUUUACACGGAAACGGAAAGGGAGGGGGGCAGUGCUGUGCGGUUAGAGACAUUUUGCUGCUGCAGGGUCUUUUUAUACAAACCAACAUGGUGGCAGACGUUUUGUUUUUGCUACUGAAAAGAAAUUCUUCAAGGGACGAAAGGUUUUUGUAAUAAUUUGUAUUUUUUUGUACAGUGUAAAGAAAUAGUUGAACAGGUUUGCAUCCUGUUUCCAUGUGUUUGUAAUAAUCUGAGGGAUCAAACCUGCGUAAGUACUUGAAGAGAGAUUUCAGCAGGAAAAACUGUAGAGCUGUCAUGUGACAUGUUGCCCAUUGUUGAUUGGAGGAUAAAAUAAGGCUGUGAAACCAUGUUUGAUUGCAGUCGUCAGCCCCUUUAGUUUAUGAUGGAGGAAUAAAAAAAAUAAUAAUAAUUGUUUUUCUCGUACGUUUCACUUUAGUGUUUUUUGGACCUUGAGAAAUAAAAGUCUUUGUGUUUG